ACGAACAAAGAAUACUCUACAAAUCUUUGGAUUGAUAGAAAGGCACACUCUAUGGCGGGCAAAAUGCUGGGCUUGGUAUCUUAUGACAGCAGUAGCGAGGAUGAAGCAACACCCUCUGAGGUGAAGAUCUCUUCUGAGGCAAAAAAGGAUCGAGAUGGAGAGACAUCUAUUAAGGAUACUACAAGCAUAGAAAGAGGGGAGGCCACUGCGGAACAUAUGGACACACCACCAUUAGAAUCAAGUCCUAUAAGUGGACCUGUCCUGGGCCCAGAACAGCCCUCAGAGAUACUUGGAUCUUCUAUGGGACAGCAACAUCAAGGUCAAUCAUCGCCAUAUUCCACCUCUCGGGCACUGAUACAGGACUUGACUCUACCUCCUGUUCCUAAUCUUGAGAUACCUCCAUCACCACCUGGAUCGCCAAACCCGAUUGCGAGUGGCAAAACAACGCAGUUUCUAGCAUUAAAGAAACAAGGUGUUCAUUUUAACGAGAAAUUAUCAGCGUCAUCCUCACUGAAGAACCCGAGUCUGUUUCUCAAGCUACGGGAGCAUACCGGCAUCGACAACGAGAGUCAAUAUGCAUCGGCGCUUCCGCCUGAUAUAUGGGAUCACACCUCAUUGCCUGCAUGGGCAUAUAAGGAAGAACUUUACAAGAUGCAGCAGGCUAUACGCUCCAAGAUUGAUGAAGCCAGACAGGAGGACAAGAAUCGGACCAUCGACUUUGCUACUGCUACGCGCCGUGAAUGAGAAAUAAAGCUCUGUAAUGUUUUGAGACCUUUGUUAGUUAUGCACUGGACGCUAUACCUAGCGUUUGGA